GGGGAAGGGUCAGAAAUGAAGAAUGUCAGACACUAAGCAAUUCCUGAGCCAAGUGGGAUGAAAAGAAUUCCAGUCCCCUCUGCUUGGAGAAGCAAAGAGGACAAUGCGGGACCCCCCCACACUGAUCUAAACCCCUUAAAUCAGUUGAAAAGUGGCUGGGUGGAGCUCGCAGCAAUUAGACUUGGACUUUGUUGUGUGCUUCAAUAGAUUCCAUGGUACUUUCAAAACCAACAAGGAAUCCGGUGGCACUUUAAGACUAACCGCUGCUUGUUUCUGUAGAUACAGACUAACACAGCUCGCCCGGAUAUGUGGUACUUUCAGUUUCCGUAUUACUUCAUCGCAGACUUACAGGAAGAAAGAGAGAGCGAGAGAGAGACAGGGCUGAAACACAAAAGGAUCACCCGAGAAGGUCCCAGGAAUGGCAGCACUCAGGGGUGGAAGGCAGGCCGCUUAGAUCGAUUGAGCGGCUCACAGGAAGUCUCAGUAAAUGUCCAUUGACCCAGCAGUGGUUGAGAAUAAAUCUCCCACUAUGAGCGAAGAAGAAUUCAAAGCCGCUGUCCAAAUCGGAAACCUUAGAAAAGCCGCUUUGAUAGCGCAGCAGAUGAUGAAGUCACCCGGAUUAUUCGACAUUGCCGUUGUCGGGGAGUCGGGCUCUGGAAAGUCAUCAUUUGUCAAUGCCUUCCUGGGCUUAGCUGAUGAUGAUAUAGGAGCCGCCGAGGUCGGGAUGGUGGAAACAACUGAGUGGUCAACCAUGUAUUCACAUCCUGAAUACCCUAAUGUUUUCUUAUGGGAUCUUCCAGGAAUCGGAACGCCACAUUUUCAGUCAGUUGAACACAGGAUGACAGAUACAUACUUGUCAGGAUAUGAUUUUUUCCUUAUUGUCACCGCUACACGCUUCAGAGAGAUCCACGCCAACCUUGCAUGGAAGAUCCAGGAGAACGCAAAGAAGUUUUAUUUUGUGCGCUCCAAGGUGGACCAAGACUUGGGGGCUGAAAAGAGAAAACCAAACUAUAGUGAGGCGAGAACCCUGCGGCAGAUCAGGGAGGACUGCCAAGCCCACCUGCAGAGAGCAGGGGUGAACGACCCUCAGGUUUUUCUCCUCUCCAGCUGGGAAUCCGACAAGCACGAUUUCCCCCUCCUGAAGGAAAGUCUGGAUCAAGAACUCCGCCAUGCUAUGUUGCAUAAGCUGCUCGACACCUCAUGCUGGACCCUGCAAGAGAAAAAAACAGACAUGCAGAAGACCACACGGGAACUAGCUGACUUCUCGGGCAGUCCUGGUGCCAUUCCUCUUCCGGGUCUUUCUCUUGUUGCUGACAUGGCUGCCUUGGUGGAUUGUAUGAGAGAUUACUGCAAGGAUUUUGGCCUGAAUUCUGACUCCCUCUCUGCACUCGCUGAGCAGGUUGGGAAGCGGGAGGAAGAUCUGAAGGCCGUGAUAAGGUCUCCACUGGCCACAGAAAUAACAAUUGACCUUGUACUGAAGCUGCUGGAAAAGUGUGUAGGUGAGGGAGUGACGUUUCUGACUUACUUUGCCUGGAGUGUGCCAGUGGUCGGGGCAUUGUUUUCUGCACAAGUUUCUUUUGGCACAACGGUGUUUAUGCUGGAUAACUUUAUAAGCGACCUUGCUGAAGAUACCCGAAGAGUCCUGGCAAAGGCUUUGGAGGGAGAAGAGAAAAAGUCAAGACAACAUCACCAAGAACUCAAUUUGCCUGUAAUGCAUGAAAAAAACCCAACCAAUCCAAUCUCAGCUGGAGGCAAGUGUGACACUGGCAGACCAGGUGCCAGCUCAUGCCAAGACUCUACGCCUCAGCCCUGACAAAUUCACAGCUGGAAACCCGUCUGUGCAUGAGGAUUGCUAAUAUCGAUGUUAAUCUUGGAAAAAUGUGUUCAGAUGUUAGGCAAUACUUGUGAGUGGCUGCCUGUGUGAAUAAAUAAAAAUAAUAAUCUUGCUUUUAAUGUCUAUAUCCCCUGCUACAUGUAAGGUAAUACUUGAGGGCUCCGUAAAAAUGUUUGCUCUGAAACUGUAAACCCAGUCAGGAAAGAAACAUCAGGUGUGAAAUACUGGUUUGCCCAAGGAGAGGUUAUCUCCUGCCCAUCUCCUGCUCAUUGAAUCCAAACAGGCCAUUGUGGGACAUCAUAGACCAGUGAUUCUCAACCAGGGGUGCAUGUACCCCUGGGGGUACACAGAGGUCUUCCGGGGGUACAUCAACUCAUCUAGACAUUUUCUAGUUUUACAGCAGGCUACGUAAAAAGCACUCGCCUAGUCAGUACAAACUAAAAUUUCAUAUAGACAAUGACAUGUUUAUCCUGCUCUAUAGACUAUCCACCGAAAUGUAAGUGCAGUGUUUAUAUUCCAACUGAUUUCUUUUAUGCUAACGUAAUAACUCCAUCUCCAUGAGCGGUGUAGAGUCAAAGUCGAUGUAGUUAGGUUGACGCAGUGUCAAGGCAGACACGGCGUUGCUUAGAUUGAUGGUGACCCGCUUUCAGGAGCCGUCCCACAAUGCCCCACACUGAUAGUACAAGUGACAGACACGCACAGCCGACACGAGGAGUGACGUGUAGACUUGCACUGGCAUGCAAUUUAAUUAGUGCGGCAGCUGUACGCCCACCUAAGUGAGGUUGAGAUUCUUUUGUAGUGCAGACAUGGCUGUACAUAGGUAUGUUUUAAGUGUAGCCCAAGCGUAAGGUUGCAGAGAGCCCGAAACAAUCUCUGUGAGGUGUGAAUUGCCCCGUUCAUUCCGGUGGGUACAAACUCAAGUGCUCAUGAUGAUUUUGAAGGGCCUCAAAGUGGGUGUCUAUAAUCUCCGCCCACUUUCGAUUGCUCUGGUAGUGUCAAGAGCAGGGGUCGGCAACCUUUCCGACGUGAUGUGCUGAGUCUUCACUUAUUCACUUUCACUUAAGGUUUCACGUGCCGGUAACACAUUUUAAUGU